AUGGCCCUCCAAAUAUCUUCUGCCCCACCCCGUGGUAGGGUUAGGAUUGGAGAUAACCUGCAUAUUCCUAGUGAUAUGAGUGUAUGCAUGGGGAUACACGUACAAAACACAGGCCAGAUAAUUAACAUAUCACUGUGAUUAUUGUGAUACCAGUAGUGGAUCAACUACAGUACAUCAGGGGUGGCACUAGACCUCUUUGAAUGGGGCGGGGGGAGGGAGAGUAAGUGGAUUUUGCUGUGUUAUCAAGCCAAAUUUUGCCAAGUCACUACAACCACUAAUUAUGAAUAUUUCUUUUACCAAAAUUGUGGCAGGCCGGUAGCGGUGUCUUAACAGAUCUGGUUUGACAUUUUAACACUCUAUCAUUUCCAUGAUAGAGAGUUAUCAGAGUUUUGGGAGAAGCUAGGCCAUGUGUGAUGUCCAGUUCACUUUCCAAUAUCUGAUCACUGUCCGAUAUUCAUGUUUUCCACAAUGUCUUUCAUCCACAAUGUGUGACAUGUUUGAUUGUUAUUUUUAACUACUGUAUUUAGGUGCAGAUAUUGUUUCUAUUGAUGCAUUUAACUCAUUCAGUGGUUUGCAUGUUGGUGUGACCUAUAUAAAGGUAAUUACAGUAAUAAUAUCAUGAUUGCGGGUAUUCCCUUUGUUCUCGCAGGGCAAUUAAUAACUAAUACACCUCAUUAUAUUCAUUUUUUUCUAAUCCUACCCGCUUUUACGUCAUGUCAGGUAGAAUUAGUUCUAAUCCUACCCGAAACGACGUCAAAGCGGGUACGGUUAGAAAAAAUGAAUAUAUAUGAAAUCGCCAAAACUAAACAAAGACAUGGAAAACAAUUAUACCAUUUAAUUUAUACCAUUAUUUAUUGUUAAUUGGUUUUUAAUGGCCCUGCGAGAACAACGGGAAUACCCGCAAUCAAUUCGGGUCAUUUAGUAAAAUUCCCGAGGGCCGAACUAAAUGACCCUCAUCGAGCGGCGCCCAAGGGAAUUUUACUAAACGACCCUCAUCGGGCGGGAGGUUUUAAUAGCUAAUUCGCCUCUUUCUAUGCUAUUACUUAUAAUUAUGGCAUGUUUAAUGGUCUUGUUUUUACUAAUCAUGCACUUCAAGUUGUGAACGAUUCACUAAGCUAUGUAUAGCCAGGAAGUUGUCUAGUUCCCCAUUGCUUUCCAUUAGUCAAUGGAAUUUCAAUCUGCUUGACACAUCCUUUUACCCAUGUUGUUAACCCAUUGAGUGGUAGCACUCUCCUAGCUUAAUGACAAGUAAAAUUGUUAAAAUAUUAAAAAAGAUAGAUAGAUAGAAACUUUAUUUAUACACGCUGACCCCAUCAACCGAAGCUGAUUUCCGCCGUGGGGGGGCGUGUGAAAAUGAAAGAGUCAAGUAAAGCUAAGCUCUACAAGUUAAAUCUGAAAGAGCAAGAGAGAUAUGGGAAAUACAAAAGUAAGGGCCAUCAGGGCCACCUAAAGGGUUGAUUAGAUUACUGUAGCUGCAUGCUUUUGUGAAAUAAAAGGCAAUCUAAUUAGAUAAAUAAUUGUGAAACUGUGAAGAUAUUUGCAUAUUAUGGAGAGUGGAGAUUGAACGUACAGCAAUCAGAUCAAUAGCAGGCUUUUUCAACAUAAUUUUGAAAUAUUCCCAUAUUUUCUUUCCUGUUAGGAUGGUCACACACAUUUGCAGAAACCAUAUCUCAACAUUUAUUGUGGUAAAGGAACCGAAUCUGACACAAAGCUUGAAUCCGUUGCAGGCGAGCACAACGCAAUAUGUUACCAAUAUGUUGCACAUAUUUAGUCAUUUAUAGAGGUAUAUAAUUAAGUUGUUUUUUGAAUUGAAAAUGUUUUAGACACCUGCCAGACGAUUGAAUUGGAUUUUGUACCAUUUCAGCUUACCCACACCAAGUAAGUAUAAUUAUUUUAAUAACAUUUAAUUAUUUUAUAAUAAUAAUUAUUAAUAAGUAAUACAUGUAUACAAUAGUAAUUAUAUACAGUGAUGGUAUAUACAGUAUAUUACAUAAUACCUAAUAGCAAUUAUUUUAACCCCAGUAGUACACAACCAUAAAUUGAAAACCUUUUAAUUUUUUAUAACAACCAUACAGUACUGUACUGUACAUGUAGUUGAUAAGAAUUUUAGAAUAUACUUAAUUCCCAUAUCACCUGAGUGCACACAAAACAGUUAAGCCCUGGGCAAAUCGUGCUUCUUUGAUAAAUUUCUAUGAUAAUUUUCAGCUUGCUCUUGACAAUAUACGAUUGUUACCGAGAAAAUAUAAUUUGGUCAUUCUAGGGGACUUGAAUUCACAUUAUGAUAAUACAAAUCCUCAUGAGAGUACUACUGCAGGAUUAAAAUUUAAUAGUUUUUUAAUAGGUAAUAAUUUGACACAAUUGAUUAAUGAGCCAACAAGAAUUACCAGGCAUCAAGCAGCAAUUUUAGAUGUUUUGAUUACAAAUUGUCCAAAUUUUUUUUAUAAAACAGGAACUCGUAGUCCUCCUUCUACGUGUGACCACUCGCUGAUCUUUGCUCAAAUGAAGAUUGGUAUUUCUAAAAAAAAAUGUUUUAAAAGAGAGAUUUGGGAUUUUAGUAAUGUAAAUACUUCUGCUUUAAAUGAUGCAUUACUCUUGAAUGAUUGGGGAUCGCUUUUCGACACUGUAUUUGAUAUUGACUAUAUUUAUGAGAUAUAGCUCAAAACGGUUUAUGAUGUUGCCAAAAGCUAUAUACCAUUAAAAUCUAUUGUCAUAUGGCCGAGGGAUAAACCGUGGAUGAAUAAUGAGGUUCGCCGGGCUAUUCGUAAACAUGAUAGGUUAUUACAUAUUCAUAAUAUUAGGCGAUCAGAUUAUUCUUGGGAUUCUUACAGAAGGCAACGUAAUUUUACAACGAACUUAAUUAGGUCCGCAAAACAAUUUUAUUAUAAGUUAAAUAAAGAUUUAAGCAAUUUUAUUAUAAGUUAAAUAAAGAUUUAAGCAAUCCUAACAUAAAUUCUAAAAGGUGGUGGUCUAUUACUAAAAGUCUUUGGGGGUCAACUAAUGUUUCCCUAGUGCCAACAAUAAUAGAAAAUGAUGUUCCGGUGGUUGACUCUGGGGAAAAGGCGAGCAUUUUUAAUGACUAUUUUGUAGCGCAGGGUCGGCUCCCUGGGGCGGACACUUUGCCGCCAUUCGUACAUUUACAUCCUUCUGCGCGGGAGUUUUUUACUAUUUCAGUGGAAGAGGAAGAAAUUUUCAGAUUAAUGCAAAAUGUUGAUGUUACUUAGGCAAGUGGAUGUGAUGGUUUUGGAAAUAGAAUAAUUAAACUGUGCGCAGAAGGCUUGUGUCCAUCUUUUACUACACUAAUAAAUGAUUAUAAAUCGGUCAUUUGUGUUAGGAAAAUACCCUUCGCAAUGGAAAUUGGCCAAUGUUAUUCCUUUAUAUAAAAAAGAAAAUCGACACUUAUGUGAAAAUUAUGUGAAAAAGUUGCCUUUAAAAGACUAUAUAUAUAUUUUUUUUUACAAACUUAGUCAUAAAUGACAGGUUAACCCUACAGAGCUUAAUGCUCCAUUUACAGGGUCCCUAAUAAUAUGUAUAUAUGUAUAUAUAAAAAACAAACAAAAAAAAAACAACAUUACAUUAUAUGACUACUUGAUAGAAAUCGGUUUUCUUUAUCGUUUUCAAUCUGGAUUCAGACCUGGAGACUCAACAGUAAAUCAAUUGUUGUAUAUAGUUCGUCAGAUUUAUCUCGCCUUUGAGCAAGGAAAGGAAGUAAGAGCUGUGUAUUUAAAUAUAAGUAAGGCGUUUGACCGUGUGUGGCAUCGCGGAUUGUUAAAAAAACUGGAAUCGCUUGGUAUUUGUGGACUGUGGUUCUUUACUGCAUUGGUUUGAAAGCUACAGUAUUUGCAGGAUAGAAUGCAACGUGUCGUUCUCGACGGUCAAUCAUCGGAAUGGAAAAAAUUAUAUUCGGGUGUACCUCAAGGUUCAGUACUAGGGCCACUUUUGUUCUUAAUAUAUGUAAAUGAUAUUACAGAUAAUCUUGAAUCAAAGCCUUUUGUUUAUGCUGAUGAUACCACUCUAUUUGAGGUCGUAGAUGAUCCUGUUGAGUCAGCUGAAAAUCUUAAUAACGAUUUAGCUAAGAUUUCUGAGUGGUCAGAUUACUCAGAUAAGUGGUUGGUUACUAUGAACCCCUCAAAACUAGAUCCAUGUUUUCAUUGAAAAGAGAUAAAAUAGAUCAUCCGGAACUUACAUUGAGAGGUGUGGAUAUUGAAGAAGUUAGUUCUCAUACCCAUCUGGGUCUUACAUUUCAAAACAAAAUGUCUUGGAAUAAGCGUGUGUUGGAAAUUUAUGAAAAAGCCUCUAUAAACGAUUAAAUGUGAUGAAAUCAUUAAAAUUCCAUCUAGAUAGGUCUAUUCUUAGAUGUUUGUAUACAAGUUUGAUACGGCCACAAAUGGAAUAUGCUGAUAUUGUUUGGGAUAAUUGUACAACAGGAAAUAGUGAUUUACUCGAAAGCGUUCAAUACGAUGCUGCUAAAAUUAUUACAGGUGCAAUUAAAGGCACCAGUGCUCGGAAAUUACGUGAGGAACUAGCCUGGGUAAAGCUGAAAACCAGAAGAAAAAUUCAUAAAAUAAUAUUCUUCUAUAAGUCUGUAAAUAGAAUGACUCCAGCUUAUAUUAGUGAUUUGGUGCCAUUGAGAGUAGGUAAGAGAUCGAAUAUUCGUUUGAGAUCAGCUACUGAAUUUUCAAAUUUUUAGUGUAGAACGGAAAUGUUUAAAACAUCUUUCUUUCCUUCAGGUAUAAAUUUAUGGAAUAACCUGUCUUUAGAUAUAAGACAGUUAGACUCAUUAUUUGUCUUUAAACAUACAUUAAAUAAUUUAUUGCAUCCUUUAAAGUACAACCGUUUCUUUGAUUCCUCACUAAGCAGACGAGCUUCUAUUUUACAUGCUAGAUUACGUUUAGGUUGUUGUGCUCUUAAUGAUUAUUUAUUUUUUAUUAAUUGUGCAGUUUGUCCUAUUUGUGCAUGUAAAUAAGGAAAAGAAACUGUAAAACAUUACCUACUUGAAUGUCCCCGUUAUGCUACUCAGCGUGCGGCUUUGCUUACCUCUGCUGCACAGCUUUUUGGUCAAUCGUGGUUGCGGUGCAGCGACACUGUAAAGUUAAACUGUGUUUUACAGUCAAUUUCAGCGGACUUUUCACUCAAAUGUUCCGAACUUUGUUCCGAACUUCGCAAAUUCGUUGCCAAGUUCAAAAGUUCAUAAUGAAAUUCACAAACGGGUUUGUAAACUGGGCAUUUGAUUGGCUGGUUUGAUUUAAUAGCCAAUCAGAGGCUUUGUUUACAAACCUGUUUGUGAAUUUCAUUAUGAACUUUUGAACUUGGCAACGAAUUUGCGAAGUUCGGAACAAAGUUCGGAAUCUUACGGUGAAAAGUCAGCUGAAAUUGACUGUAAAUGGAUCUGAAUUUUGAGUUAUGAAGAAAAUUGUGUAUUGUUUUCAAUAGUUCAACAAUUUAUUUUAAACACAUGUCGUUUUGCAGCAUCCGCCUUUGAUGUUUAAUAUUUCUAUAUUAAUAUCUUAUUUUGUCUGGGUGUGUGUACCAUUUGUGUGUUGUGUGUUACAGUCAAACCGGAUGUUCUCUUGCGUGCAGCAUUGCAAUAUUGCCCCACAAUAUUGCAAUUUUGAUAGGCAGGUUGCUCUGAGCAAAUUGCAACCGACGCGAACAAAUUGCAAGUUGGAAAUUCACAAAAGAUUUGUAAACAAACCCUCUGAUUGGAUUAUAAGAAAGAGCUAGGGAAGCCAAUCAAAUAGUCUGAGCAACUGGAUUGGUGCUUCCCUCUUUCUUAUAAUCCAAUCAGAGGGUUUGUUUACAAAUCUUUUGUGAAUUUCCAACUUGCAAUUUGUUCGCGUCGGUUGCAAAUUGCUCAGAGCAAUCUGCCUAUCAAAAUUGCAAUAUUGUGGAACAAUAUUGCAAUGUUGCUCGCAAGAGAACAUCCGGUUUGACUGUAAAAUGUUAUAUAUGUAUAGAUGUAAGCCCCUCGAUAAGCAGUUUGCUUUUGGGAUAAACAUCAAAUAAUAAAUUUUAAAUAAAAAAAACAAAAACAAAAAAACUAGGAAACUUGUUGUGGAAACAUUGUUUCCUACCAAUGUAUCACCAUGUUUACCAGAGUGGGGAAACAUUAGUGAGAAACAUAGGGAAACAUCAAAUGUUUCUGAAUUUGUUAGGAAACAUUAUUUCUUUUUGGGAAGCAUAUUUUGUUUCUGCAACAAUGUUUCCACGGGUGGACAAACAGGGAAACAUUUGAGGAAAUAUCGAGAAUCACAGAUAUUUCUACAACAAUGUUUCCUACAGUAGUUUGCCCAGGGCUUUACGUUGGAACUUGAGGCUGACAAUGUCAUUCAGUUUAUGAUAUAGUUAAAUCAUUGUCAAAUAUCAGGAUUUUGGGCAUCUCACUUGAAAAACUAAGGGAUUUGUAGGUGGAAAUUUUGAGUGGAAUUUUUAUACAUUUAUUAUGUACUGUUUAAUAAACGAGCAGGAGUGUUUUAUUAGGUUUAAAGACACGAGCGCGCAGCGCGAGUGGCUUUAGACCUAAUAAAACACGACCUGCGAGUUUAUUAAACGGCUUCAAACACGACUACAAAUUCAAGAGAUAUACCGCCUUAUUAGUAUUCUUUAUAUAAAAAAUACUAAUGAGGACACGACAACAAUAGAUAGUGCCUCAUUAGUAUUCUUUAUAUAAAGAAUACUAAUUAGGAGUGUUUUAUCAGGUUUAAAGCCACUGCACGUGACAUAUUAUGGUUGACAUGAUUUGCCAAUAAGCUUAUGAAUUAUUAAUGAUGUUUGAAGGAAUUUUUAUACAUUUAUUAUGGAAUUUUUAUACAUUUAUUAUGGAAUUUUUAUACAUUUAUUAUGGAAUUUAUAUACAUUUAUUAUGGAAUUUUUAUACAUUUAUUAUGGAAUUUUUAUACAUUUAUUAUGGAAUUUUUAUACAUUUAUUAUAGAAUUUUUAUACAUUUAUUAUGGAAUUUUUAUACAUUUAUUAUAUAAUUUUUAUACAUUUAUUAUAUAAUUUUUAUACAUUUAUUAUGGAAUUUUUAUACAUUUAUUAUAGAAUUUUUAUACAUUUAUUGCAGCGCUCUAACUAACUUUUAAAUCAUUGUCAGCCUUGAUCCUGCUUUGUGUGCACUCAAACAAAUUCUGGAAGUUAUGUUAAAUAUUUAGUUUAAGAUCAAUUGACAACGAACUAGAAGAUCACACUGUAUUCCUUUUAAGUGGUGGUGAUGAAAAGAUACAUAUGUUUGCAAAAGUAAGGAGUAUUAAUUUUAUUGAGUACUAAUAUUUUCAGAAUAAUUUGAUGACGGGUACCUCCGUCAAGAUAUUUACCAGAGAAAAUUUUUAAGAUCUUUGGUACUUUCAGCGCCUUAUAAUGAAUAUAUUAGAGGGUAUAUCAAAAAGUGCAAAGUUCUAAAAUCUCCACUAAAUUGCGCAAAAUGUGUGAGAACGUUUUGUUAGUAUGGGUAGUUUGGGGCUUCUAGUAGCCUGGUUCACAGCAGCAAUUUUGUCGGCGAUUUUGUGUUUCUGACGGAUGCAAAUGACUGAAAUGAGUGACCUCGCACACAAAAGUAUAGAGUCGUUUUUCAGCAGUCAACAAUUCUUUUGCAUGUCAUUCAUUCGAUCACAUUUGCCAGUGUGAACCAGGCUUUAGAGAUCGCGCGUUAGACUUAAGGACAUGAUGUACAUCAAAUUGUCUGGUUCUUUUGUAGUUCAUAAAAUUACACCUUCUAAAUUAAUUUGCACCCUAUGAAUCAAUUCAAAUCGCGUUUCAAACCUACCAUUUUUGUGCGCAAACCAUUUUUAAAAUGGUUUUAAAAAACUUCAUGCAAAUUACAAAUUUUGCGGAAUUUUCAGUUAGUGAACAUUUUUAUACAGUACACCAUUUAUAGUUUAUGUUUAUGAUUUGUGUCCUCUUCAAUUGAAGAUUAGCGCAAAGAUUUUGGCCUGAGCAUAAUGAUCAACUAAAUAGUGGUAUUCAUUUAUUCAGGAUCCUAUGAAUCAACAGUUUGUUGAACGAAAGGUGGAAGAUUGUUUCCCAGAAUUCCAAAAUCUUCCCAGCAGGUAUAGGAGGUUUAAAUGUGGUAUAGCGUGGUCAUAUAAUUUCAGAACCAUCCUAGCUCAGAGAUACGAUUAUUAUUAUUCUGACACUGCAAUCGACCAACAAAAAAUUCGUUGACUCGAGCAGGAUUUGAACUCGCAUCUUCGGGUAUCUAGACCGCCGCUCUACUUAUUUAGCUAUCGAGUCAACGGGGUUGGUAGCGAGUCGCACUAGCGAGUCUUAUCCAAUUUAAGUGCACGAAAUAUUUUCGUGACGACUUAACCCUCUAAGACAAGCGUUAGUUGCUACCAAUCCCCGUUGACUCGAUAGCUCAAUGAGUAGAGCGGCGGUCUAGAUACCCGAAGAUUCGAGUUCAAAUCCCGCUCGAGCCAACGAAUUUUUCGUUGGUCGAUUGCAGUGUCAGAAUAAUAUGAAACUGGUAGUCAUAUAAAAUAUGAGUACAUGAUAGUUGUGGUGGAAGCUGCUUCGCUUUUGUUGUCAUCUACUUUAUUUUCUUUCUCAUUCAGUGUUAUUUGGAUGGAUAUUUACCGUGAUAACAUCAAUGGAAGACGAAUUAGUUGCUUUGCUUGUCAAAAUGGUUUUCUCAAAGUCGUUGUUGUUAAUGAAAACGGUACGAAUCAUGACUUGAGACCAUCUGCCUACAUGUGUAUGUUGGGAGCAUGUGUUGUUUGUUACAUGUCACAAUUAUAAGGGAAAAUGGUUACUUUCAUUUUUCUAUAAUUUUUUUGACGACGUAAGUAAAUAUAUUGUGUAAAUAAGUAUUUUCUGAUUACGUACUGAUCGUCAUUUGUGUCGUUUUCCAAUUGGUCUUUCUCGCUUUCAAAGUCCACAUCGAACUCAAAAUCUCCAUCAAAAUAACCAUCUUCUGGCGCCUCCACGGCCGUUUUUCUUCCCGCAGUUAAAUAUAUAUAGCAUAGUCUUACAAAUAAAUACUGUAGUGCUCACGCAGAUGCAGUCAAUAUCAGGUAUGCUUAACAUGGCAGUCAUAUUCAAAGUUUACAGUGUUACAGUUUACAGUGUUACACACAUCACGACAUGACAAUGCCUUAAAGAUAUACGCCUGUAUUCUAAAAGCUAACUCAUACUCACAAUCUGAGAGUGGAGGUUCAAUCUGAGCUUCCCUUGAGUAUCAGUGCUGUUUUUGAAUAGCUGGAGGGUGAGUAGUCACACAUAGUAAGGUACGGGACUAACCCUCCAGCUAUUCAAAAACAACACUGACACUCAAGGGAAGCUCAAAUUGAACCUCCACUCUUUGAGUGUGAGUGAGCUUUUCGAAUACAGACGAUAGUGGUAUAACUACAUGGGGAAGACGAGAAGGAAUCAUGACGAAGAAGGCCAUGCAUGUGUACAUCGGGAGCAUAUGUUGUUGUGUCUGUCUUAAAUGUUGCAUGCAUGUGCUGUAACAACUCUCAUUAACGGAGAAUGGUUACUUUUAUUUCUUAGUUUUUUUAAAGACAUGUUUGCAACAAAUAAAUAGCAUGCAGAUGCAGUCAAUAUCAGGCACGCUUAACGUGACAGUUACAUGCAAAGUUUCUUGUGUUAUAGUAAUCCCAUUCAAAAUUUUAUUUUCAAGAGGUCAGAAAUGAGUGGUCUUCUAUGCACGAUGGUCCCGUGUCAUCUGUGAAAAUUUUUACUUACGAGGCAAAACAAUACAGCGUCUCUGAUGAACUGAAAGGUAGAACUAAUAUAUCGAAUUAUUAAGACACGCACUAAUACGGACAUACACAGACUUACAGAAAAAUAGGACUUAGUCUAAUUAAUUACAAACGGUCUGUGCCAGUGUCAAUAAUAACAAGCUUUUGUUGGUAGGGAUGCAACUACCUGAAAUUCGACGUUUCGAGCGAAGGCCCAUGACGUCCUUCGUCGGAAACUUCCCGCCACUAACUUCCCGCCACUAACUUCCCGCCACUAGUAUAACAUUUCUUUUUCUAUUUUAAAUUCUUUGAAGAAGUUCUUCAGUUGCCAGAGGAAAAUAAAGAUGAUACAAAAACUGCAAACUAUCCACUUCAUCUUUUAGUGACAGGUGUGAUUGAACCAUCUGUGAUAUACGAGUAAGUAUACUAACGAUCGCUAUUUUCAUCAAAAUGCUGGCAGGGACGUCGCUAUAGGGGGGGGGGUGUAACACCCCCCCCCCCCCCAAUAAUUCAAACGUUGGUCAAAGUUGGUCAAAGUUGGUCAAAAAUGGAACUGAUAUUUGCUUAAAAUUGAAGGUAAAACUCGGUAUAAAAGAUGGUCGAAGUUGCUCAAAGUUAUGAAAUGGUUCACAAUUUUAACAAUUUUAAAGCUAUUGUUAUGUUUGCGGUGAAAAAUUUGGAAGCCUUGCUCAUCUUGGUCGAAAAAUUUUGAAUGUGCUUAUGUUAGUCCGGAAAUAGUUUUUAGACUAUGCUUAUGUUAGUCCGGAAAAUUUUUUUGACCUCCCCCCCGUCGACAACAUUUUCUGGAAGAAUUUGUACGACUUGGUCAAAAUCCUAGGAAAUGUUGGUCAAAACAUGACACCCCCCCCCCCAUGUUGAUGGCUUCGCGACGUCCCUGAAUGCUGCUCUACUGCAUGUUGAGUGAAUUUAUCAGUUACUUACGCUACGUUUCCACUAUACCGGAUAGCUUUCCGUAGCGGUGCUGCUAUCUAUCCAAUAUGGAAUGUUCAACUUUCAGAAGCUGAGCGAAACAACAUCUCUCCGUUGCAAUAAUUUCUCUGAAAAUAGCGUUCCUAAAAGGUACGGAUAUGUGGUUUUUAUACACGUUACUACGGAAAGCUUUCCGGUACAGUGUAAACGUUACCUAAGACUUUAAAACUGAGAAAUACACUUCUUCGAACGAGAAGGGAAGAAUCUGAGUGGGAGGUUGCUUUCGAAUGCUGUGAGAGUAUACAUAGAGUCAUAUACUACUGUAGUCAAGCAAUCAGGAUGAAAUCUGUUGCUCGGUGAAAAUGGAGAUGAAUACGCGCUUUAAUUGACUAGAAGAAGUUGUAAAUAAUUCUGAGAGAAAGGAGGAUAGGAUGAUAUCAAAAAGAGAAGCAAAUAAAGAAAUAUGAAUCUUUGCUUGAUGAGAAAAGAAAAAUUGAAGGAAAAAGGAAUGAAGAAUCGAUCGACCAAGAACGAAUGAAAAAAGAAAAGAUUUUAAUCUUAAAAGAAAGAAGUAGUAGAUCUUGGAUUUGACAAAAACUGGAUUUGAUCUAACUAAUAAUUGACUAACUACAUUAAGUUAUUGUUUUUUAAAUUUUAGAGAUAUUCUAAAUAAUGGCUUGUCAAAACUUUCCAUCCUUCCCGAUUCUGACAAGUAUGAUUGU